AGUUUACUAUCCCUUAAAAGAUAAUAAAUGAUUUCAAACAAUGAAAAUGGAGUUAUGGAAGACAGUUUAAAUGAUAGAAAAAGACAGCAAUUUGGUUCUAGAUUUUUAACAGAAGAAGCUGAUGUGUUUCAGCAUAAUGCUUGGGAUGAUGUAGAAUGGGAUUCAGAUUUAGAAGACAAAGCUAAACAAAAAAUUCAGUUCAAUUCAACGGUUACAUUUUCUGCUGAAGAAUUAGAACUGUAUGAAAUUGAGGCUGAUAAAUAUUGGAAUUCAUUCUAUUGCCAACACCAAAAUAAGUUCUUUAAAGAUCGACAAUGGCUUUUUACUGAAUUCAAUGAGUUAAACAAAGUACUUAGACCAGUUGGUGAAGAGGUUGGUGAAGAGGUUGCAGAAGAAUGUAAGACACAGUGUAGCAUUAAUGCAGAUAAACUCAAAGAUGAAGUAAACCUUUACAAUGGAUGUCAGACUAAAACUAGGAUUUUAGAAGUUGGUUGUGGAGUUGGUAAUACUGUGUUUCCCAUUCUUCAAACAAGCAACAACCCAAAUCUUUUUAUAUAUUGUUGUGAUUUUGCUGAAUCAGCAAUCCAGAUUUUAAAGGAACAUCCGUUAUACAAUGAAAAUAGAUGUCAUGCUUUUGUGUGUGAUGUGACUGCUUGUUCAUCUUUUCCAUGUCCUGAAAACUCCUUAGAUUUCAUUAUACUUAUCUUUGUACUUUCUUCAAUUCAUCCUGACAGAAUGCUUCUCACACUUCAAAAAUUGACUAAGUUACUAAAGCCAGGAGGAAUGCUUUUGUUCCGAGAUUACGGACGCUACGACAUGGCUCAGCUUCGAUUUAAACCAGGGAAAUGCUUAGGAGAUAACUUUUAUCUAAGAGGCGACGGAACUAGGGUGUACUUUUUUACACAAGCUGAAAUUGACACCAUGUUAACAAGUUGUGGGGUUGUUAAAGAGCAAAAUAUUGUUGACCGUCGUUUGCAAGUAAAUAGAGGCAGGCAGCUCAAGAUGUAUCGAGUUUGGAUACAAUCCAAGUACAGAAAACCUAAUUACAAAACUUAAAAUAUAAAACAACAUCAAAUGA